CCCCAGGCAACCACAAUGAUAAUGUUCAUCACUAAUGAACUCUUGCAUUAGCAAAGUGGUUGGAGUAGCCAUAUCACAGUUUAUAAACUGUUGUCAAUUGAAGUUAGAUCAAGAAUUCAACAGAGUAAACAAAAGAACAAAAACCGAAUUGUUAAUGAUAUGAAUGAAUAUACGAGGCAUUUCCAGGAUCAAAAGGCAUAGAGAAAAAAGCAAGAAGAUCAGGAUAUACCACGACUAAAUUACUAUUGCGUCACAAGCCAUUAUACCUGAAGGAAUUGUGUUUAUCCCUCAGAAUUGGUAAUGGACGCCCACAAAACAUAAACACUUGAAUCAAUUGGGUAAAACAAAAAUGCUCAGUGGAAGGAGAAGUCGUUUAAGUUGGAGAGCUCACGGUAUAACCCACUGCUCUUCUCACACUCUUCGUGCUUUCUUCUCAUCAUUGCAUUUUCAUCAUCAUCAUCAAAACACAAAACAACAAUCCAACCAAAACCAAAAAACAUUGAGAAAGAAGAAAGCUUCAGUGUGUGUAACAAAGUCAGAUCAUUGAUUCAAAGAAUCUCACUGAAAUCCGCUAAGAUAUUUGUUUUUUAUCAUCAUCAGCUCUUUUUUUAUAACAACAAGAAGAAACACAUCAAUCCAAAGUUCCAAACCAAACCCUCAGAAAAAAAAACAGAAACUUUCUUCAAAUCGAUUGAAAAGAUAAGAUUUUGAGUAAAAGGGGUUGAUGAUACUCAGACAGCCAAGGGUUAAUCUUCAACUACUGGGAGAAGAAUCCCAGAUCUGAAACUCUAGUCCACAUAUUACACUUGUAUCAUCACCAUAUCAUAUACCCCCUUCCACAACCAUACAAAGCAUCACAAAAUCAUUUCACAAAACCCUUAAAAGCAAAAAAUAUAUCAAACAGUGACACGAAGAAGAAGAGAGAAACAUCCUAUGAUUUGAAGAACACUAAUCUCACUAUAAACCAUAUAAAUACUCACACAGACACAAAGAAACUCAUCUGAGAAUUAGGGUUUUACUUCGGCGGCUGGCUACCUCUAUAUCUUUUAAGGUCUUCUAGGAUGGUGAACAAAAAAGAAAAAAAACGUCUUCUUGGCCCAGUAAUUAUUAAUGGGCCUGUUGCUUACGUGACCCAACAAACAACUCCACUUUUAGUAUAAAAUACACCUUUACUUGACUCAUAUCGAAAAAGUCCAAAAAGCAAAAAGCAAUGACGAAGAUCGAACUCGUGUUCAUACCUUCGCCGGGAAUUGGCCAUCUCCGGCCAACCGUGAAGCUAGCUAAACAACUCAUCACCAGAGACGAUCGUCUCUCAAUCACUUUAAUCAUCAUCCCUCCUAGAAACGACGCCGGAGAUGUAACAGCCUAUAUCUCAUCCCUAACGUCACAAGAUCGUCUCCGUUACGAAUCCAUCUCCGUCGUGAAACAACAACCAACGGCUGAUCUAGAGCCGAGUCAAGUCUACAUAGAGAGACAAAAGUCUAAAGUGAGAGACUCAGUCGCGAGCAUCAUCCAAGAUCCAACAAGAAAGCUCGAAGGAUUCGUUGUUGACAUGUUCUGUUCCUCGAUGAUCGAUUUAGCUGAAGAAUUCGGAGUCCCGUGUUAUAUGGUCUACACAUCGAACGCUACGUUUCUUGGAAUCAUGCUUCACGUUCAACAAAUGUACGAUGAGAAGAAGUAUGACGUCAGUGAUUUGGAUGAGUCCGUGGAGGAGUUGGUGUUUCCGUGUUUGACUCGUCCUUAUCCUGUGAAGUGUCUCCCUCAUAUCCUCAGAGCAAAGGAGUGGUCACCUUUUUUUUACACUCUAGCUAGAUCGUUUCGGAAAAUGAAGGGUAUUUUGGUAAAUACUGUUGCUGAGCUGGAGCCUCAAGCUUUGAAAAUGUUCACUAGUUGUGAUCUUCCUCAAGUUUAUCCGGUUGGACCAGUGUUGAAUCUUGAAAACGGUUCUGAUGAGGAGGAGAAGGGAUCGGAGAUGUUGCGGUGGCUCGAUGAGCAACCGGAUAAAUCGGUUUUGUUUCUCUGUUUCGGUAGCAUGGGAGGCUUCACUGAGGAACAAACUAGAGAGUUAGCUGUAGCGCUAGAACUAAGUGGUCACAGGUUUCUUUGGUCACUACGUCGUGCAUCUCUGGAUAUAAGGACGGAGCGUCCCGGAGAUUUCACAGAUUUGGAGAAGGUUCUUCCGGAAGGGUUCUUGGACAGGACAUUAGAUAGAGGGAAAGUGAUAGGAUGGGCACCACAAGUGGCGGUCCUAGCGAAACCGGCGAUAGGAGGGUUUGUCACUCACUGCGGGUGGAACUCAAUGCUAGAGAGCUUGUGGUUCGGUGUCCCAAUGGUGGCAUGGCCUCUCUACGCGGAGCAGAAGGUUAACGCGUUCGAGAUGGUGGAGGAGCUAGGACUGGCUGUGGAGAUACGGAGGUACUUUAAAGGAGAUUUGAUGAUAGGAGAGAUGGAGAUAGUUGAGGCGGAGGAUAUAGAGAGAGCGAUCAGGAUUGUGAUGGAGCAGGAUAGUGAUGUCAGGAAGAACGUGACGGAGAUGGCUGAGAAGUGUCGUGUGGCGUUAACGGACGGUGGAUCUUCGCAUGUCGCUUUGCAAAAGUUUAUUCAAGACGUUACCAAAAAUGUUGCUUAAUUUGGGUUAGGGACGUUGACUAUAUAUGAGAUACGGUGACUGAGUUCCAACGUCCAAGUGUUUAUUAUGUAUUAUUGGUUGCUAGCUACCCAUGUUAUUGCAACUGGGUUUGUAAUGUAGUUAAGUUUUAAAUUUUAUGUUAAUCCGUAAAAGAUUUGAAAUA